AUGGCUACGAGUCUCACCGAUAUCCAUUCUGAUAUCAUUAACACACAUAUCUUACCAUGCCUUGACGGCCCAUCUCUUGCAACUACAACGACCUUAUCAUCGUAUUUACAAAAUCUUUGUUCCGAUGACAAGAUUUGGAAUCGUAUGUGCAAAUCUACUUGGCCAUCUUCUACUCAUCCGUGCGUUCAAAAAAUCAUUUCCGCCUUCCCCUUUGGUCACCGCUCUUUCUUCCAUGACGCCUUUCCUGUUUUAGUCAUCGAUCCUUGCAUGCGUGAACAAGACCAACAACUAGACUGUUUGACAUCAUAUACAGGUCUAUCUGAACUCGUUUCAGCUAUCGAUAUACACUACAAAAAAGAGAUUAUAUACUCUGCAGUCAAACUAACAAACACUUCAACCAAAAAUUUCCUUUCGUCAUCGUUAUGGAUUGAGCUAAGAAACGAUCCAAGCAUCAUAAACCAAUCCAUUGACUUAAAAGUCGAUGAGAUAGGCGAAGCAACUUUAUUACAACUUAAAGAAUCCUUGACGUUAAACUGGGUUGUAAUGAGCACGAGUUGGAAACGAGCAGGCAACUUAUCGAGCGUCAAGCCGGUUAGGGUGAAAGAAGGCUUUCUUCCUAAUGAGAUACUUGUUCAAUACAAAACAAUCUUACCUGGAAUUGACCCGCAAGAUAUUGUACAAUGUAAGAUUCAUGUUGUAUUACAAGGAGAAGUGGCGGCUGGUUUCCAGUUGAAAACGGUGAUACUAAAGUUACAAGACUUGAAUUCUAUUUGUAUAAAAGGUAAUGACUUUUUGGUUAUUACACAAAGAGCAAUUAUGGAAGAAAGUAAGGUGAUUAGGAAAAUGGUAGCCAAUAAUGACCAGGAGACAAUGAUGACCUGCAAGGAGUUUAAGGAGAUGAAAAGGAAAGAAAAAGAAAUCCAGAAGGACAUUGCAGUUAAGAAUAACUAUACUGAAAAUUCUCUCUUGUUUUUCCUUUGUGUUUCUUUUCUAGUGUUAUUUUUGCAUUUCUUGGGUCCUGGGUUAGGAUAA